GGGGCGAUGGACUGCACACAUGACAUGUGGGUGACUAUCUAUUUCCUGGCUCCAGUCAUCCCAACAUGGACCUAGGUAGCAAACGGGCCUGCUGUGUCCAAAGGCUGAAGCUCCUGAGCUUUCAAUGCAGCCCCCUAAAUUGGCUGUGAAUGACCUCAGGAUUAGCAGCAUAACAAUGCACUGCAGCCCCUGGGUGAGCUUGCAUUGUCCGCUGUCUUGCUCCUCCAGCCAUGGCUAAGCACAGAGCCUGUCCCUGAGCAACUCCCCCUGCCCUUCAGAGCAAUUUGCCUGGGUCGUUGCUUGGCAAAGUCAUCGCCCGUAGAUUGCCCUGGCAGCAGCAGGCACUAAAAUGGCUGUAGGGCCACCCUCAUUGGCACAAACUGGGCCCCAUCAAAACACAGAGUGUUAGCUGCUGAAGUCCACCUCCUGAGUUUGGGCUCUCAUAUGGUGCCCAUCACCAUGGUAUCUGAGAGCCCUUCCAAACUGAGCCCAGAGAGUGCCACUCCAGCCCUAAAUAGUUCCCUAGGCCCCUAGAAACAGCUUUCCAAUAAAAAGGAAGCAGGAGAAACAGCUCAGCAAACUGGCCAGGCAUCUGGCGAAAGGUCUGGGCUUGUCUCUUGCUACUGGGCCUGGCAUGGUCAAUCACACUCCAAAUGGGCAACGUGCUGGGGCGAUUUUCUCAUCCCAUAAGAAUUCACUCUCUGGCUGGAGGUUCCCCCCCUUUCCCUCUCGCUCUUUGGAGGCUCCACAGGCCCUUUGAUGUUCUCCCACUGUUUGCCCAGUCGAUCAGCUCAGACAGGGUUAGAGUCUGAGGUCAGCGGCUUUUCCAUUCCAAACACCCAGACGCAUCCGUGAGAGAGGAGUGGACUCAGGUUACAUGCCUGCCUCCCUCUCCUCCCCUCCCCUCCCCACACCACAGACACACACAGGCACACCCCAGACCAGGCUCACAGCCACUCGGUGGGAUACUCCACUGCUCCACACACCCAAGAGGGCUAAAGCCACACUUCAAGACUUGGCUGUGAACCAAACACCCAUUGAGGCUGGGGUUUAACGAACUCCUUGGGAAACCAGCUGGAUGAAGUCUGGGGGGAUCUGGGAAUCGCAUGGAUGGAUCCAUUCUCCCAUUUCUUUGCAUGAAUCUUCUCUUCUAACGGUCCCCCUCCCCCAGAGGCAUUCGCCCUGGGAUCUCUCAGAAACCCUUUGCUGGGAGAUGACCUUUAAAGGGCCUCGGGGGGAUCUGCAGCCAGCAAGCAGCUCCUGAAGCAGACCGUGCGUCAGGCGUCGUCUCCAGAGAGCCCAUGCGGAGCUUGCCCUCGGCACUAGAGCCAGAGGUCUGGGUUCUGCACGUGCCGGGUUGCUUUUUGGAUGUGAUUCUUUUUGUGUGUCAGGAGCUGUGCAAGGCAAAGAGCCCUCCUGGCUGGGGAGAGGGAGCCUGGCGUGAAUUGAUGCCUUCCUGGUGCUUCGGAAGAAGGGGAUUAAAGAGGAAAAAAGGGGAGCUCCAGCUCCGGGAGGCAGGUCAGCCCGACCCCAUGCUGGCCACACUGCUCCUGUCUCUACUGCCUGUCCUGGCCGAGAGUGCCAGCCUACAGCCAAUCCGAAUGAGUCAUCUGGGGGUGUGCCCCAACCAACUGAACCCCAACCUGUGGGUGGAUGCCCAGAGCACCUGCGAACGGGAGUGCCACACUGACCAGGACUGUGAAGGCUUUGAGAAGUGCUGCACCAAUGUCUGUGGCCUGCGGAGCUGCGUGGCUGCCCGCUAUGCGGACAGUGUCUCGUCCCUGGAGCUGGCACAGGAGGCCUCGUGCGAGAGCUUUGUGUGCACCCAGCAGGGCUCAGACUGCGACAUCUGGGACGGGCAGCCCAUCUGCAAGUGCAAGGACAGGUGUGAGAAGGAGCCCAACUUCACAUGCGCCUCAGAUGGGCUCACGUACUACAACAAGUGCUACAUGGAUGCGGAGGCCUGUAUCCGGGGCAUCAGCCUGAGCGUGGUGCCAUGCAAAUACAUCUUCACUUGGCCGAACACCAGCCCGGUGCCGCUGGAGACCACAGCUCACCCCACGCCUGGGGCUGCUGCUGAGGUGCCCAUCCCCCCAGCCCUCUACAACAACCCCUUCCACCAGUCAGUCUACGUGGGUGGCACCGUCAGCUUCCAUUGCGACGUGAGCGGGCGGCCCCGGCCAGACAUCACCUGGGAGAAGCAGAGCGACCAUCAAGAGAACUUCAUCAUGCGGCCUGACCAGAUGUAUGGCAAUGUGGUGGUCACGAAUAUUGGCCAGCUGGUCAUCUACAAUGCCCAGCUGGAAGACACCGGCAUCUACACCUGCACAGCCAGGAACUCCGCCGGCCUCCUCCGGGCUGACUUCCCCCUCUCCAUCAUCAAGAGAGAGCCUUCCGGGGGGGAGCCCAGGGCACCCAGCACCCAGCAGGUCCCAGCCACCGAGUGUCUGAAGGAGCCCGACGAGAGGGAAUGUGAGACUCAGCAGAUGCGCUGGCAUUUUGACCCCAAGAAGGGAUCAUGCGCCACCUUCCGCUACGGCGGCUGUGGUGCCAACCAGAACCACUUUGAGACCUACGAGGCAUGCCGCUUAGCCUGUGUCAGCAGCACCGUCAAUAUGUGCACCCUGCCCAUGGUGCAGGGGCCCUGCAAGAACUGGGAGGCCCGCUGGGCCUACAACCACCUGAUGAAGCAGUGCCACUCCUUCAUGUACGGUGGCUGCGAGGGCAAUGACAACAACUUCGAGAGCAAGGAGACCUGUGAGGACGCCUGCCCCUUCCCCAAGACCCUGCAGUGCAAGGCCUGUCGGCUCAAGAGCAAGAUGGUGCUGAGCCUGUGCCGCAGUGAUUUUGCCAUUGUGGGCCGGCUCAUGGAGAUCAUCGAGGACCAGGACUCGGGCAUCGCCCGUUUCGCCCUCGAGGACAUACUCAAGGAUGAGAAGAUGGGCCUCAAGUUCUUCAACAUCAAGUACCUGGAGGUCACCUUGAGCGACAUGGACUGGAGUUGCCCCUGCCCCAACAUGACCACAGAGGAUGGGCCCCUCAUUAUCAUGGGGGAAGUGCAUGACGGCAUGGCCGUGCUAGACCCCAAUAGCUACGUCCGAGCUGCCAACGACAAGCGCGUGAAGAAGAUCUAUGAGCUGAUUGAGAAGAAAACCUGCGAGCUCCUCAACAGGUUCCAGGACUAGAGGUGCAGCCCAAGGAAAGGGAGAGUCAGGCUAAAUUGGGCUUCUCAAACUGGGGGUCAUGAGA